AUGAGUGAGCAUUCAACAUCGACAAAAACGACGAAUUCACAUUCAUCGACGCCACUAGGCUCGGUAGCGAAUACCCUAAGUAAUCAACAUCAUCAAAAAAUUGAACCCAUAGAUUAUACUGCUGAUGAAAGUAUGAUUGCUGAUUUUAUGGCUGUUUUACCUCAGCUUGAUCCAGGUGAUUCAUCAUUAACAGCAACUUCUCCCACAUUGAAAAUGAAAGCACAAUUGAAUGAAUCAUCGAAAUCAUUGAAUAAAUUCGAUGCAUUUGCUGCUGCUGUUCAGCACCACUUACUUGCGCCAUCAUCUGUACACUCAUCUGUUCAAUCAUCGUCAUCCUCUCCACCAAGAAACCAAGUUGAUUAUCAAAAUAAUAAUAAACGUAAACGUAAAAUUGAUCGUCCAGCUCAAAAACGUAUACGUGGUUCAUACAAACUUGUUUCGCCUGAACAAAAAGUACGAAUUCAUGAAUAUGCUGAAAAACACGGUGUCAAAGCAGCGUCAAAAUUAUUUCAAGUUGCACCAUCAACCAUUGCUUCUUGGCUAUAUCAAAAACCAAACGGUGAGCGUACAUCAGCCAUACGAAAUAAGGAAGCACAUUCGCGUAUACUUGAAUGGAUUCAAACACGACAAGAAAAUGGCGAACGUGUAAAUAAUCGUGAUUUUCAUUCCUAUGCAUUAGCAACAAUGAGAGAAUUAACAGGAAAUCCAGAUUUUGCUGCAUCACGUUCGUGGUGUUCAAAUUUUAUUAAAAAAUAUAAUAUUCAACUAGAUAGUGAUAAACAAGUUGAUUCAACAUCUGCACAAUUUCGUUUUGAUUCUGUUGAUGAAAAUGCUAGUGAAAGUUCGCAAUGUUACAUGGGUGGAAAUAGUCCAGCUGACAUAUUGACAGAUGAUGAUGAUGAUGAUGAUGAUAAUGAUGAAGAUGAUGAUGGCAAUACAAAUCAUCAUAGAACAAAUAAUGGUAAUAAUCAAGCAAAUCCACAUAGUGAUCAAACAGUAAAUCCAAGUAAUUCAUUAUCACCAGUACAAAUGACAAUAACAAAUAGUAUGAAUGAUGUAUCAACAACGACACCAGUCAUAAUCAAAGUUGAACAAGAUAAUGACUUUCAUUGUUCAUCUCCGUCAUCUCCAUCAAUACAGACAUUACCAACUAAAAUGAUUGUUGCAACUAGUUUACCAGUAUCGUCAUCUUCAAAUUCAACGAAAAGAUUGACUGGUACACUUAAUCGAUUACUAAAUUCAGUUGUUAACAGACCAAAUGGACAUCAGUAUCAUCACCAUCAUCAUAAUGGCGUGUCAUUGUCGCCAUCAGCAUCGUCAUCAACAACAACAACAACAACAUUAGCUGAUUCAACAGCUAAAGAACCAAAAAUAAGUUUGGAAAUGAGUACACAAUCCAUUGAAACAUUUGUUCAACAUUUUGAUAGUUCGUUUAAUACCAUGACUUAUUUUCAAGAAAAACUUCAACAUUUACUUGUGUCUAUAGCGCAAGAACGAGAUACAUAUCGAACACUCUAUCUCAAGGAACAUGACCGUCGUAUAGCUGCCGAAUUACGACUCAAAGAGAACAACAAUACUAUUGCCUAG